AUUUCAUCUAACACAACUCAUACUAAAAUCUCAUGCCACUAAAGAAUGUGGACAUUUGAGUGGGACAUAGAGAGUAUUAUCUUACAUUACUCUUUCUUUCUCUCCUUCAUCAGCUAGCAUGGAAGGGAACAUAGAUGAGGAAACUCCCGGCGCCGCCGUUGGCGUCAACAUCCCAGACAUAGUUGAGGAAACUCCUACCGUCGCCAACACCAGCAACCCCGAAUCUCAGCCACGUGUGCUCUACAAAGUGCCGGUACAGAUGAAACGCUACAAGGAGCACUUUUACGAGCCCGAAGUGGUCCCCCUCGGCCCGUACCACCACAGAGGGCAUCCACAAUCCCAGCUGGUGGACCCACUCAAGAACGAGCUAGAGGUUUUGCUUUGCAAGGAUCCUAACCGCAAAAGCUUCCUUCUGGGCGAGAUCCGCAAGCGAAUAGACGAAAUCAGACGCUUCUACAUGGGAGCAGACGCCUACGACGAUGAGGAAUUGGCUGAAAUGAUGCUUCGUGACGCCUGCUUCCUCAUUUGCAAUAUGCAAGGAGGUGAGACUUCCGAUCUGAUUGGCCGACGACUCGGACUAUCUGGGAAAUUGUUCAUGUAUCGCGAUAUAAGAAUGCUUGAGAAUCAGAUCCCGUUAUGGCUCAUCUCCUUAAUACAUCCUGAUCCCCAAUUACUAUUGUGCCAAUACUUGAACCUUAUUGUUUUCGGGGAUGACAUAAGGCCAACGCAACAAAACGAGGGAGGAGCAGAGCUUCUUGUUUUCGGUGGUUACACAAGGAUCACACAACUUCCUUGGGAAAACGGAAAAGGAGAAGAGCCUCUUCACCUACUCGAUGCUUGGUAUCGAAUCCUUCUCUAUCGCAACGAGAGCCCUGACAAAUCAAGGUGUUUUUCGCAGAUUAUCAAGAGUUACUUUAACCAAGCAAGCGCAAAGAAGAGAAGCUCGAUAACCGUGUGGCGAAUGGUGAAUAGUCCGUUUCGGUCAGCGACGGAUUUAAGAGCAAAGGGCAUUCAUUUUCGGCGGAGUUCAAAUUGCUUGACGGACAUCAAGUUCUUCUCAUGUGCUUUCUACGCUGAACUCCAACUUCCUUCCUUCUACGUUACCAACAGUAGCAAAGUAUACUUCUCCAAUCUUAUCUCGUUCGAGAUGUCUCCAAAGAGAGACACAGACAAAGACACAGUCUUCGGCCUGACGUCUUACUUGAACUUCAUGAAAGCGCUGAUCCACAAUGCUAAUGAUGUAAAGGUGCUGCGGGAGAAAGGCAUACUGUACGGCCUGCUGGCUACUGACGAAGAUGUGGUUGAAAUGUUUAAAAGCAUUGAUACUUAUGGAUACCCAAAUAGAGGCCUUUUUCUUGACGUGAAGAUGAUGAUUGAGGAGCACUGCAACAACAAAGCGAGGACGUGGAUGGCCGACCUCAUGAAGACCAAUUUUCGGAGCCCGUGGACCAUUAUAGCUCUCGUCGCGGCCACGUUUUUGCUGUGCCUUACUUUUCUACAAACUUACUUCACAAUCAAUCCACGCAAUUAAAAUGACUCCGCCUUUGCUUUAGGAUGUCUCCAACGGCGCCCUUCCCACUCGCCCGUCGGCGACGUCCGACCGGACGGGCGCCAUUGUGGGAGGGAAGGGCGCCCACGCCCGUCCCGAGUGCCCCUGCGAUGGGCUCGCCCCUCCCGUCGACGGGCGA